AUGGUUGCCCUAACAACUUUCGUCGACACUACCACCACCUUAUACCCGGAAAAUCCGACCAUGAAUGCCUUUGGUCAUAAGGAACAAUUUCAUUCUAGUAGUCAUGUGGCGAAAAUUAACGAUCCAACGGACUUGGCAACUUCUUCCGCUUCCGCCAGGGCUGACCCCCUGGCGGAUACUGUAGUCGUUACCGCAAACGGCAACGGCUUGACAAAACUACAUGAAGACGGUGCGAAUAACAAAAUAACAACCACUUUCAUCUCUGAAAUCCCCUCAAAUGAGCGCAAUAUGGAAUUUGAUAUUUUGAAGAUCAUUGAAAGUUAUGGUGUUGAUCAUGAGAAGACUGGUGAGUCGUGGAAGGGGCUCGAAUCCUUUGUCUCCACUGUUAUGGGGCAGGUCGAGAGAGAGGAGCCGAUCCGCAUGAUUCUUCCUGCUUUCCCAUUUAAAUCGCCGAAUGCUCACGACAAGGUAUUGGGUAUUUUACCUGACCUUGGAGAAGAAUUGGCUCUCGCUCAUUUGAAUGGUUUGUGUGAGAAUAUUGGACAGGUAUAUAAACCCGGCGCGGAUGUAUACAUUAGCUCGGAUGGACUGGUUUACAAUGAUAUUCUUGGAGUUCCAGAUGAAGUUGUCUGGGAGUAUGGAGAGACUUUACGCCACAUGGCCAUAGAAAAGGGCCUUACUCAUGUGAAAUUCAUCCGUCUUUUCGAGCUUCUAGAGCAUCCAUGGUUUAAGUCCAGCACUCCAGAAGGUGCUAAAGCAUAUUACAUGGCUCAUGCCUGCUGUCUACGCCGUGAACUUAUGUUUGUCUUCGGGGAUCCAACCUUCAAUGCCGAUGAAGCAAUCAAGACAGAUAAUGACACCUGUCUGACAUAUCGCGGGUACAUUAAAUUCUUGACAAAGGACCUUGAGCAUCAGGAACACGCCAAAUCAAUCUCCAAGCGUGGCCGGCAAACCCAGAUCGCUCAUAUUGCCCGUCAGAUGAUUAUCCGCGGGAAGAUGUUCGCAGCUGCUAUCCGUGCCAACCGUAAGGACUAUGUGCGUUUAUCGAUUCACGAUUCAGCCGGCGAGAAAAAGCUGUCGGUAUCAUUGAUUCCACAGGCUCGUGGGACGCUAGGUUUUACUCCAUGGCAUGCAUCUGUGGCUAUCGCACUUGAUGGAUCAUAUCGUACUGUUCAUGCCGAAGAUGUUCGCGAGACACAUGAUCUAAUUUACAAGAACGGACGACCUUACUAUUUCCGUGAAAAGUCCGAACUGUUCGACUGGGCUGCUGACGGUCUAUCUGUCAAGUUCGAACACUUAUAUCCAUGCGGUCUUAUCAUUCGCCCUGCUGAUAUUGACAAUGUUAACCCCCCGCCAUCUAUCAGUGCUAUCCCCAUGCACAAAGUCCGAAAACUAUCGAAUGGAAUGUCGCCUAUCAUUCUGCGCGGAUUUGGAGAAACACUUGAGGAAGAUCUAUACGUCAAAGCUGGCGAGGAGCUCGGCAAGAUUGUUCAAUGGAGCUUCGGACUAAUUCAAAAAGUGCGCGACGCAGGCCGCUCAGAUAGAUUAGGAAAUAACGUUACCUCGAAUGAAGCCAUGCCCAUGCAUUUCGACGGCAUGUUCAAAUUCGAAGAAGUCACCGAUCCUGUUACGGGAGAAACAAAGAAAGUUCAAAGGCCGCCCGGCUAUCAAUUCUUUACUUGUCCCGCCACCGCUCCGAAGGGAAGUGGUUAUACACUGUUCGCUAGCUCCCGGCUCCUUUUCAGAUAUCUUCCUCUGCCGUGGAAUGCUGAACGUCUUCAGAAAGUCACCUGGGCUAUGAAUAAUGAUGGAUUCUGGGAUGCCAAGCUGAAGAAUCUCCCGUUGACUGUGACACACCCUGUUUCCGGGCUGCCGUGCGUUCGCUGGCACCAGCCGUGGGAUUCUACGAAGACAAAGUUUUCAACUUGCGAUGUGACCAUUGAAAAUGAUGAUGCGGAGUUAGUUCAGGUUAUUGAUCGCGUUACAUAUGACCAUCGAGUUUGUCUUCGGUUUGAGUGGGAGAAAGGGGAUCUUUUGAUCAGUGAUAAUACUGCCAUGCUUCAUACCCGGACUGGCUAUAUUUCUGAUUGCAAUCGCGAACUUUGGCGUAUUCAUUUUGACUGA